UGUUUCAUUUUUCCAGGAAAGUAUUUAAAUCUACGAUGAAUCCGCAGGCUCCUACAAAUUAUCUUUCUGUUUCAGUCGAAAUAAUUAGUCAAGUGAUGACGUUUAUAGAAGUAGGAAGAACGGAAUUUUCCUCUUUAGAAAAUGGAAAACAAGUGUACAAUUUCAGUAAAAUACAUAAAAUGACACCUUUGAGAAAGCUUGCUGCUAAAUAUAUUCUAUCGGUAACGAAUAAGGAAAACAUAUUUAAUGUUUACGACUUUGCAUGCAAAGUAGCCGAUAACAAUAUUAAAUAUAAAUGUUGGAAAUGGUUCGACGACGAAUGUAUGGAAGUGUUCGAGAAAUCAAAUUGUUUUAACUGUAGUGAAAACACAAUCAGCACGCUCGUAUCUCGUCCCAUAUAUAAAUGGAUGGACGAAGCGGACGUCUUCCAUAUUGUUUAUCACUGGGCUGAGGCCAAUGUAACCAAAUCGGCAAAUCUCAGAACCGUUAUAGAACCGUACUUAUCAAAAAUCAGAUUCCUAACAAUAUCACCGGAACGCUUUAACCGUUCUGUUUUGCCACUUGCGAAAGGACAAUUAUUGACGGAUGAAGAAAUUGAAGGCAUAAAAGAAUCCUUACCAACCACAUCUGUAUCAAAUCUCCCUGCUACUAUUUGCAGAAAUACAAAAAAGAGAAGAAAUACAUAUUACGAAAACUUGUUUUCCUAUAAGAAUCGAAGUUCCAUGAAAAGUGAUAAAGAUAUUCUGGUGACCGGUAACACCCGAUUUUUAUGUAAAAUAAUUGCAAAACACAAUUGCUUCGUUACCGAAAUUAUUCUUCCAAUAAGACAUGCCAGACACGGCAGUAUUUCAGUUUUCGUGGAUGUUUUUAAUACUUACAGAGGAAACUCAUUUACCCAAAAAUUUUCUUGCGGUGCCGAAGGACGUGCAAUAGGCUCAUUUUACAUAUAUAUUAAGAAAUAUAAAUCAUACGAAAUUACUGCUCGGAUUAAAGAGACUCAUAUUCUUCCAGAAAACAAAAUACGAGUGAUAAAGGACAGCCAUUAUUAUAUUCCUUCAGGAGAAGAGAAUGAAGCUACAAAUAACGAAAAGGAGGAAGAAAACAAUAGACAAAAUUUUUAUUUUGAAGUAAAUCUUUACUUCUAAAACUAGAAGAAGACAAUAAA